AAGCAAGUAAUACACCUUAUAUUAUUCGUUUGCAAUAUUAAAGAACAAGUAAAAGGACUCGUUGUCUGUUUUCCUCUCCACCACCGGCUCUGAGUGGAUGAUCAGUGGCCGCCCCCCCCCUGCACACUUUUCAGGUGACAGUCAAGUGAUCGCUCCGCCUCCUGUGGAUGUUGCUGGCUGUGGAUGACAGAAGAGCCGGAGCAUCGAAACAAGUGCUCUAACUGCUCUUCUGACAGUGAGGACGAGGACACCGACACACCUCCAUCUCUGUGGAUAGCGGCUCAUUUUUGUGCCCCCCACUUCAAGAUCGAGCGGAAGUGCCGUGGCGUCGUUUUAAGUCGCGAAGGUUACAGAAACAAGCUAGUGUGAAGUCCACUCGCAACCGGCGGCUCGGCUCGGCUCGGCGACUGUACAGGCAUCAUCACCUGGAUGCAAUGACCGACUCGGUUGUGGACGGCAAGACGGAGGUUAAACAAGCCACCAAAUAUGUCAAAGAGACAGAAAACGUCGCGGAGAAAUAUUCCGCGUUGACAGUGAGCAAAAACAGCAGCGAUGUAAAUAUGAACGUCGGGGAAAUGCCUUCCGCAGCGUUCACCGCAGUGCCCACUCUGAAAACCGUCAAGAAGAUCCAGUUUGCAAAUGCAGAGGACAAACAGGAAUUCAGCAAGUACCCCACCAAGGCAGGCCGCCGCUCGCUCUCACGGUCCAUGUCACAGUCCUCCACAGACAGCUAUAGCUCAGCUGCAUCCUACACUGACAGCUCCGACGAUGAGACCUCCCCCCGGGACAAAGCCCAGGUCAACACUCUGGGCAGCAGUGACUUCUGUGUGAAGAACAUUAAGCAGGCUGAAUUUGGCCGCCGGGAAAUAGAGAUAGCAGAACAAGAUAUGUCUGCCCUGAUCUCCUUGAGGAAGCGAGCCCAGGGAGAGAAGCCACUAGCUGGUGCGAAGAUAGUAGGCUGUACCCAUAUCACUGCUCAGACAGCAGUCCUGCUUGAAACCCUGGUGGCCCUCGGGGCCCAGUGUCGCUGGACCGCCUGUAACAUCUACUCCACUCAGAACGAGGUGGCUGCUGCGCUCGCAGAAAUUGGAGUUCCUGUGUUUGCAUGGAAGGGUGAGUCCGAGGACGACUUCUGGUGGUGCAUCGAUCGUUGUGUCAACACUGAGGGCUGGCAGGCCAACAUGAUCCUGGACGAUGGCGGAGACUUAACCCACUGGGUGUACAAGAAGUAUCCCAGCGUCUUCAAGAAAGUGCGGGGCAUAGUCGAGGAGAGUGUCACCGGGGUGCACAGGUUGUACCAAUUGUCAAAGGCAGGAAAGCUGUGUGUCCCUGCCAUGAAUGUGAAUGACUCAGUCACCAAGCAGAAAUUUGACAACCUUUACUGCUGCCGCGAAUCCAUCCUGGAUGGCUUGAAGAGGACCACAGAUAUAAUGUUUGGAGGCAAGCAAGUCGUUGUUUGUGGUUAUGGAGAGGUUGGGAAGGGCUGCUGCACUGCUCUAAAAGCCCUUGGAGCCAUUGUGUGCAUCACUGAAAUUGACCCCAUCUGUGCCCUGCAGGCCUGCAUGGACGGCUUCAGAGUGGUCAAGCUUAGUGAGGUCAUUCGGCAGAUGGACGUGGUGAUAACUUGCACUGGCAACAAGAAUGUUGUUACCAGGGAACAACUUGACCGAAUGAAGAAUGGCUGCAUUGUCUGCAAUAUGGGACAUUCCAAUACUGAGAUUGAUGUGGCGAGUCUGCGCAGCCCUGAACUGACCUGGGAGAGGGUUCGCUCUCAGGUUGACCACAUCAUCUGGCCUGAUGGAAAGAGGGUUGUCCUGUUGGCAGAGGGUCGGCUUUUAAAUUUGAGCUGCUCCACAGUGCCGACGUUUGUGUUGUCCAUCACUGCCACAACUCAGGCUCUGGCCCUGAUUGAGUUAUUCAAUGCUCCAGAGGGUCGUUACAAACAGGAUGUGUAUCUCCUGCCCAAGAAGAUGGAUGAAUACGUGGCAAGUUUGCACCUGCCCAACUUUGACGCCCACCUGACAGAGCUGACUGACGAGCAGGCCAAGUACAUGGGCCUCAAUAAAAAUGGCCCCUUCAAACCGAAUUAUUACAGGUAUUAAUGGAAAGUGUCCACUCGUACGAUCCUCAAAACACAGUUGCCCUGGGAUAAACAGAGAUAUCUAUUUUAUUUUCUAAAUUGCUACCAAAUGGAGGAAUUAUUUUACUUAUGCUGAAUGUAACUUAUUACUAGCACCUCAGUCAUAAUGUUAAAUAUGAAACAUAAGAGUAACACGUACAAGAAACUUAAUAUAUAUACGUAUAUAUAUCUAUAACCAACUAACAUUUUAAAUCACUUGUCGUGUGCUGAUAAACAAAGCCUGCUUGCAUGUUUUCAUGUAUAUGUACUUAAUGAAUUGCUACUGUUCAUGUCAAUAGAUUUUUGAUUCGUUUGUAUACCCUUUUUUCCACACAGUGCCAAAAAUGGCUGUAAGAUGGACCAUGAGACAGCAUUUAUAAUGAGUCUGUCUAGCUUUAAGAUUUUAUCAGUUCAUGUCAUUGACUAUAGAGUUUAGGCUGAGCCAUUACAAACUAUGACUAUGUACAUUACUUAAAAAAAUAUUUACUUUGCAAUUAACUGGUAUCUGCAUACAUGCCCUAAAAGGUGACAUCCAGACAUCCUUAUCGCAACAAAACCCAGUGAUGAAAUACAGAGUACUACAUGUUAUAUAAAUAAUACAGUCCAGUGUGCUUGAUUCUGAGAAAUUAUAAUAGCCUGUGAAUGGUUCGGAGCCCAUUUCAAAUUCUUGACUUGGUAUGAAACACGCGGAGCGUCUUCUCAACAAACACAGCAAAGAAAUGUUUACUGUGCUGAUAACAAAUUAAGAUACAAUGUUAAAAAUAACAAUAAGGCUAUAUGGAUUCCUAAAAAGGAAGUAAGAAGACGUCGAGGAGACGUGGUUCAACAAAACAUUUCCUUCUCUAGAAAGAGCUAUUACUUCCUUCACUGAGUUUCCAUUUGUUUAUGAAAAUGCUCACUGAGGAGUGUUUUGACUGGAUGGUCCCUUUAAGGACGUGGCAUGAAUGUGCCUUUUAAAUCAUCAACAAAAACAAAAUAUCAUGACCUUAAUUAUUCAAUGUACAUUCCUCUUUUGUAUAAACGUGCUCCUAGUACAUUUUAAAGUCUUCCUUCCACAGCUUCUGGUACCAAGUGAAUCACUACUGAAUGAGAUACAUUAUGUUUAGACUUCCUGUUAGCUACUUCACUGUCACUGUCUUCAUUUGGAACAUUCCAUGUGAUCCACAAACGUGUAGUCUGUGUUUGUAAACCAAUGCAUUCAAUCAGCAAUAAAGCAAGUCCUUUUAACAGAGA